CGUGGAAGGCAGAGGCGUAAUCUUCAUCGCUCGUUGUGUGCCGAUAAAUCCUCUUCGCUGCCGUUCCGAUGCGACCCCGCUUAUCGUAUCUCAUCGCCAGCACCAGCGCCGUUGCUCCGUGGCAUUGUGUCUUCCUUCAACGCUACAAGCGCUGUGUUGUUGCAGGCUGGGAGAGAAGCAUAGUGAGUGAGGGACAAUAGCUUGACGCUGUGAAGAUGAAGGCGGUGGUGAUGGCCAAGGGGAUGGUCAUGGCGCACAGGCCGCUGCCCAUGCUCAAUUCUAUGUUUUCUCGCUCGUCGGUGUCGUUUGCCGAGAGCGUUUUCUUCCAGGGUUGCGUCGCGCCUCUCUCCACGUUGCGCGCUCGUGGAGUACGGAUCAGGUCGUAUCAGGGGUGCAGUAGUAGUGGCAAUGGUGGUGGUUCCUCGCCAUGGACGCGGAGAGCAUUCGUCGUGAGUGCUUCUUCCAGUACAGGUGACGAGAAGCAGCCCAGCGUUGGCUUUUUAGGACUGGGCAUUAUGGGAACUGCCAUGGCGAGGAACCUCAUUAUGGCAGGUGCAGAUCAUCUGUAUGUCACAGCUACCGACACUCUACGGUACGACGUCACUGUGUGGAACAGAUCCACCAGCAAGUGUGAUCCGCUUAUCAGUGAAGGGGCCAAGCGCGGAGAAUCACCUGAGCAGACAGCUGCAGCUUGUGAUGUUACUUUCGCUAUGUUGGCAGAUCCAGCUGGAGCAAUGGAAGUUGCAUGCGGUCCUCAGGGUGCUGUCAAGGGCUUGAGUGCUGGUAAAGGGUACGUGGAUGUGUCUACUGUCGAUGAUGAAACAUCGAAGGCAAUAGCCGAAGCUGUUCGGAAGACCGGGGCUGAGUUCCUUGAGGCUCCUGUUUCAGGUUCAAAGAAGCCGGCUGUAGAUGGCACUCUUAUUUUUCUUACAGCAGGAGACAAGCCUUUGUUUGAGAGAGCAUCUCCGAUGCUGGAUGUCAUGGGCAAGUCCAAAUUCUACCUCGGAGAAGUAGGCAAUGGUGCGGCUAUGAAGCUCGUGGUGAACAUGGUUAUGGGCAGUAUGAUGGCGUCUUUUUCAGAAGGCUUGCUAUUGGGAGCCAAAACUGGACUCGACCCCAAAACUAUUAUUGAGGUCAUAGGACAAGGUGCCAUUAGUGCGCCCAUGUUUGCGAUGAAAGGCCCAUCGAUGGUGGAGGGUCAAUAUCCAACAGCUUUCCCUCUUAAGCACCAACAAAAGGAUUUACGCCUCGCAGUAGAAUUGGCGGACAAGGUUGGCCAGCCCACACCCAUUGCGGCUGCUGUCAAUGACUUGUACGCACAAGCCAAAUCGAAUGGGCUCGGCGACGAAGAUUUCUCAGCCAUUAUUGAAGCGUUGAAAGUGAAUGUAAAUGCUUAGACUACUCUCCUGACAUUGGGAUCAGUGUAGCAUUGAAUUAGUUCAUCCAAUCUCUGAAUGCCGAAACCUUUUCUGCUCUGAAUAUCUUGAGGUACCAAUUUUGCAUUGAACACCAAAUACAUUUCUCUACACGACUUGUUAAUUUGCGUACGAUAACUAUCUGAAGUUUUGCAUG